UUCCCUCGGAGCGCGGCGGUGCCGGCCCGGCCCCGGCCCCGCCGCCGCCCCCAUGUAGCGCCGCGGCCGCCCCGCACCCGCCCAGCCGCGGGGCCGCCUCCGGCAUGCGGAGCUGCAAGAUGGUGCGGGUGGCCAGCGUGCUGGGGCUCGUCAUGCUCAGCGUCGCGCUGCUCAUCCUCUCCCUCAUCAGCUACGUCUCGCUCAAGAAGGACAACAUCUUCGGGGCGCCCCGCGCCGCCGGCCCCGCCGGGCCCCGCAUGUACAUGUUCCACGCGGGAUUCAGGUCCCAGUUCGCGCUGAAGUUCCUGGACCCCUCGUUCGUGCCCAUCACCAACUCCCUGAGCCAGGAGCUGCAGGAGAAGCCCUCCAGGUGGGCCUUCAACCGGAGCGCCUUCGCCCAGCAGAGGCAGGAAAUCCUUCAGCACGUCGACGUCAUCAAGAACUUCUCCCUGACCAAGAGCAGCGUCCGCAUCGGGCAGCUGAUGCACUACGACUAUUCCAGCCAUAAGUACGUCUUCUCCAUCAGCAAUAACUUCAGAUCUCUGCUUCCCGACGUGUCUCCCAUCCUGAACAAGCACUACAACGUCUGUGCCGUGGUGGGGAACAGCGGGAUCCUGACCGGGAGCCAGUGCGGGCAGGAGAUCGAUAAAUCCGAUUUCGUCUUUCGCUGCAACUUCGCUCCCACCGAGGCUUUCCAGAAAGACGUGGGGAGGAAAACCAACCUCACCACCUUCAACCCCAGCAUCCUGGAGAAGUAUUACAACAACCUCCUGACCAUUCAGGAUCGCAACAACUUCUUCUUGAGCUUGAAAAAGCUCGACGGGGCCAUCCUUUGGAUCCCCGCCUUCUUCUUCCACACGUCGGCCACGGUCACGAGAACGCUGGUCGACUUCUUCGUGGAGCACAGAGGGCAGCUGAAGGUCCAGCUGGCUUGGCCAGGGAAUAUCAUGCAGCAUGUUAACAGGUACUGGCGGAACAAGCACCUGUCCCCCAAGCGGCUGAGCACGGGGAUCCUCAUGUACACCCUGGCCUCUGCCAUCUGCGAGGAGAUCCACCUGUACGGCUUCUGGCCCUUCGGCUUCGACCCCAACACGCGGGAGGACCUCCCGUACCACUACUACGACAAGAAGGGGACCAAGUUCACCACCAAGUGGCAGGAGUCCCACCAGCUGCCCGCCGAGUUCCAGCUGCUCUACAGGAUGCACGGCGAAGGACUGGCCAAGCUCACCCUGUCGCACUGUGCCUAAGAACCCACAGCUCCAAGUGCCAAAUGACCGUCUGAAAAAGUGCCCAAAUCCAGAAUUUAAACCUUCUCCAGAUAGAAGUCUAAAAAGGAAAAGGAAACAAACCUGCCCUGAAAACCUUUUCCGUGACGUAAAGAUGCUUUUCAGCCCCUGCCCUCCCGGGGGUCUCAGCUUAUUUAGCGGCGCAGCAGCUUUUUAUCGCGUUCCGUGGGUGCGGUUUGUGCAGCAGCAAAGUGGAGAUGUUUUGCAUUCCUAGAGAAGCCGCUCAGUAUGUUUUAA